CACAUCAGAAUCUCGUCCGGAUAAAAUCAGUCCCCACUCGCUCUCGCGGUAAAAGCUAUCGAUAAAGCUAGCAAGCUCUACUGAAAAAUCUCUCAAUCUCUAUCUCUCUCUCUCUCUAUCUCUGGAAUGGCAUUUCUCUGCCAUUUCCCAUCUGCUUCCUAUCCAUCUCUCUCUAAGCUCUUAUCUUCUUCUUUUUCUUCGCCUUGUAUGGAAAGCUUCUUACCGAAACUCCUUCCCUUGAAAACGCCACACCAGAGUCGCGGUUCCAGAGCUGUUAGAUUAGGGUUUCGGAAAUUCUAUCCUUCGGCAACGGCAUCUCUUGUGUCUUCUUCUUCGCCUACAAACUAUCAGAUGGUUGAAGGGGAACUGAAGAUGAAGGCCUUAAUAAAAAACAUUCAGGAAGAGUGCACGUGGAUCAUAGAAAAUGGUGAGGAUGUUGACAGUGUCAAUAAGCCAUCACCACAAUUAUCUGCUCUUGCAUGUGGAAUAACGGCAUGGUUAAGUUCUGUACAAGUAGCCCAUUCAAGUGAAGGAAUGAGAGCAAAUGUGAUUUAUGAGACUGGGGAGCUGUUUGAAUUGGGAAUUCAGCUGUCUUACCUGCUUAUAUUAUUGGGGUUUCUUGGAGUUGGAACCUUCUUUGUCAUCCGUCAAGUCCUUGUUCGUAGAGAGCUCGACCUUUCUGCGAAAGAGUUGCAGGAACAAGUUCGAAGUGGUGAUGCAAAUGCCACAGAGUAUUUUGAGCUUGGUGCAGUAAUGUUGAGGCGGAAAUUCUACCCAGCUGCUAUUAAAUACUUGCAGCAGGCAAUUGAGAAAUGGGAUGGAGAUGAUCAAGAUCUCUCACAGACCUUUCCCCAAAUGUUGAGUCAGGUAUACAAUGCUCUUGGUGUCAGCUAUGUCCGUGAUGGGAAGCUUGAAAAGGGAAUAUCCCAGUUUGAGAAUGCUGUGAAAAUCCAACCAGGAUAUGUCACAGCCUGGAACAACCUAGGCGAUGCCUAUGAGAAGAAGAAAGAUUUGAGAGCUGCUCUAAAGGCAUUUGAGGAAGUGCUUCUUUUUGAUCCAAACAAUAGGGUGGCCCGACCCCGGCGAGAUGCCUUGAAGGAACGUGUGCAAUUGUACAAGGGAGUAUCAUUGAAAUCGGAAGAGAGGUAAUUUUUGUUGCUUUGCACAUGUAAAUUACGUAAGAUUAUCUAAAUUUGAUGGUUUUAUGUUCA